UCCCUACAGGGUGAUAUGGUCAAAACUACAUUUUUGGAUAAACUCUGCAAAAUCAGGACGCUGGGACACUUACAAGAAAAGGAUGUGGUCAAAACCCAUUUAAAACCAGCAUGCUGUCCUAAUAAGAUCGGGUGUAGAGGUCGCUGUUUGUCGUGUCGUCUCUGGUUAUUAUCAUGCCCGAUCUAUGAGUCAAUAAUUCAACGCCAACAAUACCGAAACUCAACAGAGAGCGACUUCACAACAAAUCAGCGUGACAUGGAGCCCACCAACUUACAGAAAGCUAUAGCUAUAGCCAACAAAGCUUCACAAGAGGACCAGGCUGGAAAUUAUGAGGAAGCCGUUCAAUCUUAUCAACAUGCUGUGAAAUAUUUUCUGCAUAUAAUAAAACGUGAACCGCAGGGUAAGGAGGGCAAUCAGAAGAUCAGAGAUAAGUGUAAGCAGUAUCUAGACAGAGCAGAAGAGCUCCGAGACUAUCUUGAUAAGAAAGAGAAAGCUAUAGAUCUGGCCGGUAAGGCGGCUCAGGAGGACAAGGCUGAAAAUUAUGAAGAGGCCCUGCGUCUGUAUCAACAUGCUGUUCAAUAUUUCCUGCAUGUUGUCAAAUAUGAAGCACAGGGUGAUAAGGCCAAACAAAGCAUUCGGGCCAAAUGUGCUGAAUAUUUAGACCGAGCGGAGAAGCUGAAAGAGUAUUUGAAGAAGAAAGAGAAAGCCCCGGCGAAACCGGUGAAGGAGUCUCAAUCCAGCGACAAAGGCAAUGAAAGCGAUGGAGAAGGAGAAGAUCCAGAGAAAAAGAAAUUUCAGAAUCAACUCUCAGGAGCCAUUGUCAUGGAGAAGCCGAACAUUAAAUGGAAUGAUGUUGCUGGGUUGGAGGGAGCCAAAGAGGCUUUGAAAGAAGCUGUCAUCCUACCAAUCAAAUUCCCACACCUCUUCACAGGUAAAAGAACUCCCUGGAGGGGCAUCCUUCUCUUUGGGCCUCCUGGAACAGGCAAAUCUUACCUGGCCAAAGCAGUCGCAACAGAAGCCAACAAUUCCACCUUCUUUUCCAUCUCCUCCUCAGACCUGGUGUCCAAGUGGCUGGGAGAGAGUGAAAAGCUGGUGAAGAAUCUGUUCACUUUGGCUCGAGAGCACAAGCCCUCUAUUAUCUUCAUUGAUGAAAUCGAUUCGCUCUGCGGCUCCAGGAGCGAGAAUGAAAGUGAAGCAGCUCGCAGAAUCAAGACCGAGUUUCUGGUUCAGAUGCAAGGUGUAGGCAAUGACAAUGAAGGGAUCCUGGUGCUGGGAGCCACAAACAUCCCCUGGACGUUGGAUUCUGCCAUCAGGAGACGGUUUGAGAAACGUAUCUACAUUCCUCUGCCGGAAGAGCACGCUCGUGGGUUCAUGUUCAAGCUGAAUCUAGGCAGCACGCCUAACAGUCUCACCGAAUCAGACUUCGUGACUCUGGGCAAGAAGACGGACGGUUACUCGGGUGCUGACAUCAGCAUCAUCGUCAGAGACGCCCUCAUGCAGCCCGUCAGGAAGGUUCAGUCCGCCACUCACUUCAAACGGGUACGAGGACCGUCAAGGAAUGAGCCGAAUGUCGUAGUCGAUGACCUCUUAACCCCUUGCUCCCCAGGAGAUCCACAGGCUGUAGAAAUGACAUGGAUGGAAGUCCCCGGAGAGAAACUUUUGGAGCCAAUUGUUUCCAUGUCGGACAUGCUGAGGUCCCUCGCCAACACGAAGCCCACCGUCAACGAGCAGGAUCUGGAGAAGCUGAAAAAGUUCACCGAGGACUUUGGACAGGAGGGCUGAACAGAGCCGGUCUCCCGAAACCAAAGCAAACAGAUUGCGAUUGUAACAUCUUCUCUCUUGCCCUUCACACGCCCCUCUCUUCCUUUCGUACCCACGCUCUCCCUCUGACCGACGAGCCCCUUCAGCUCAGGCUAAAGGCUAGAUGUAAUUUGAAAUGUGCAUCUCUUCAAGCCCACCUCAGUUUUCCUUCACACGUUAAUAGCUGCUCUGCCUGCAAGGCUGCCAUCAGUACCUGGUGACCAUCAUGCAUCUUUGAUCCUUAAUAAGCGGUCUCGAUCACAAUUAUCUGUGCUUUCUAUGAAUAACACAGUCAGCAGUACCUAAAACAAUUAGAAAUUAUUAUUUGUUCCUUUCAUGAAGUGACUAAACUAAUAAUAAUGUCAGUUUUGUUUACGGUCACGUAAAUCCGAAUGGACAAUAACACACGAAGGCUUUCCAGCUCCCAUUUGCUUUUGUCGGCCGUGCUGUUUGUCGUUUUGGACUUCGUUCACAAGGGUAGUGAGAUGUGUCUUUCCGGACAGAGCCAUGUAUUCAUUUUCAUUUGAGAAAGCCAUGGUUUGAAUCUGCAUCGGCAUUCGACGUAACACCUAGAGAUCCGCGUUCAACAAUUCAGGCUCUAUUUGCAUAUACUACGUAUGGUUUUUUCUCCAUGUACAUUGUUACUUUCAGUAUAUUACUGUAAAAUGUGCUAUUCCUUUACUGAGAUGAGUUACAUUAUAUGUUCAGGGGCCAAUGUCGGACAUUUUGUUGUAAGUUCACUUGCUGAGGCUCAGCACACAAUGUGCCUUCUUCGCAUUUUCCUCCUGUCUGUUUGUCUCUUUCGAUCUGCGUACACAUAGAUGCACAGAUGAUGCUUACUGAUGGCUAUAUAACUGAAUUUUUAUAGGCAGAAGGUUUGGGAAUGAUUGGAUGAUAUUUGCACAUUUCAUUUCAAACUUUACAAACAAUAUAUAUGAUAUAUAUAUAUAUAUCAAUCUGUAUACAGCUCCUAUGCACUUAUAGGGUGUUUGGUUUGCCAUUUAAAAACCUAUAAGACAUUGUACUAUUAGAAUAACAAUUUAGAAAAGAUGUGUUUGGUUUGUUUUAAGGAUAAGUCUCGUUAAACAGACUGCUUGCGGACAGUUUAAAAGUGGUUUAUCUCGUUCGUUUUACUAUUCACAUGUAAAUAAAGGUUGGAAUUAAA